UGUGGUCAUAGCAGCUUUCUCCUAAUUUCGACCUGAAUUUAUUUGCUACUGUUUGAUCAUGUGCCAACAUUGUUCAUUAACUUAAAUAGCUCUCUCCUCUCUUCUUAGUGUUUACCCCCUGCUAUAUUUAUGGAGAACAAUCAUAUCUCUAUCCAGUCUUUGUUCUGCUAGACCAAACAAGCCAACCGUUCUUCUCUCAUAUGGCAGGCUCCUCAGUUUCCUAACCCUCUUAGUAGCCCUUUUCUGCCGGUUUCAGUUUGAAUUCAUCCCUGUUGAACAUGGGUGACCAGACCAGAACAAAGUGCUCGGAUAAGAUCUUCCUGGGGGCCUGCACAAUGGAAACUUGUGCGAAGCUGAGCCAGAGCUCUACGCUGAGGGUGCUGUCCUUGUGUUUCCUCUGCAGGCUGCUGGAGGGCCCCGAUACAUCUCUGCUGCCAUCCUGCUGGUAUCCUGCCAUGACAGGUCUGCUACACCGUGGCCAGGCAAAACGACUGCUUCUGGGAAAAAGGAGAAGAUGUAAAGAGUCGUGACUACUUCUAAGAGAGCCAGAGCUGACCUGAGAAUCUUUCACAGAUCUCCACAGUUGAUGCAGCAGGAGAGUCUCUUUGGAGAUGAAGAUGCUCAAGCUUUUUGGAAUUCUCUUUUUCUGUGGCCUGCUGACACCAUCUCAGGAAGUACUAUCUGGUCUGUCCUGCGCAGUCAGUCCAGGAGCAAUGCGGAAUGUUCUUUCAGGAGCCAUACUUCAGAAUGGGCUUCUCCAGCAGCACCUCCAGAGCCUCGUGCUCCCAAACAUCGUGGGUGAAGGGGGUCUGCUGAAUGCGCCCAUCAGCAUCACUGGACUGCACCUUCUCAAGGCUCAGUUCCCCGAGCUGUCAGUGAUGCUGCUGCCUGGAAUCGGGGUCCAGAUGACUAUUGCUGCAAAGCUAGAGCUCAGAGGCAACAGCUUGAUUGGUCUUCUCUCGGAAAUAAUUAAUAUUUUAGUGGACGUGACCAUUACUGCAAACAUUAAAUGCACGAAUUAUGAAUCAGGUACCGUCCAAGUUGUCAUUGAAGACUGCCUCUGUGUUUUUGGUGCCGUAAAGAUAAAGCUACUUUCUGGCUUACUGUCCCUAUCAGUAAAUGACUUAGUGCAUAAUCAGUUGACAGCAGCUCUGCCUCGUUUGCUGUGUUCUGUGAUCAAUAUAGUCAUCAAUCUUGUGAACAUCCAGCUCUUAGGCACUCUCAAUGCCGUGGUCCCAGUUGGUACAACAGGAACGAUUCAAUAUCAGCUCGCCAGCCUUCCAUUUACAUCUGGCUUGUUCCUUGGGUUGGAUUUAGAUGGUGUAGUGCAACAGAUGGGAGGCAGCAUCAUCCCUCAUGACUCAUCCUCCUCUGCUUUGCCUCCUCUUCUGGACAAGCUUCUUCUCUUGGGACUGCGCCAGAGCUUUCUCAAUGCAGUCCUGUCCCUCCUGAUCCAGGGGCAGCCUCAGAUGUUUACCUGCGUGCCAGAAAACUUCUCUGGUGCCAACCAGCUGAAAGAAGCCGUCAUGGCCGCCCUUCCUGCUGGGUGUUCCAGCUGUCCUAGGACCGGUCCUCUGAACAUUAAGAUAACGUUGUCUGGGAACCCACUUAUUUCCUUGGAAGUAAACAAAGCCACUCUCAAGCUUUCUGUCAUGAUUCAGCUGUUCAUUGAGCAUUUAGAUGGAUCUGUCCUAAAUCUUCUGCUCCUGAAGGCAGACCUUGGUCUAAAUGUCCGUGUUUCAAUUACUGAAAGCAGACUGCUGCUCGCAGUGUCCCUGAGCAGCACUACCUUCUCCUUGGAGUCUUCUGAUGUUGGCAUCAGUAAUAUCUCGAGUCUCAAGCCACACUGCAGUAAUGUUCUGGUGGAAAAGUUAUUGCCACUUGUCAAUGGUUUUCUGAGCAUUGGAAUCCCCCUACCAAAUGUGCUGGGCAUUCAGUUAAUAAACGCAGAUAUUCAAAUAUUAGCGGGCCUGUUGGUAAUUCUUGUGUGAACUGGGGAGUACAAGGCAUGGAGAGGUCUUUCUGAUUAUACCACUGGGCAGAAAAAGAGGAAGAAAGACCAGCAAGGAUGAAGCAUCAAGACUGGCGUUAUCUUCUUUCCUUUUCUAAAAUUGAUUCAAGAUUCUUGGUCGCAUUUUAAGGCACUUUAAAUCUAAUUGGCUCACGUGAGUACUAAGAUACUUGCAUAAGCCAAAAACAGAUGGGCAGCUUGGUGUACAGAUAUUUAAUUUGGUGGAUUAGCAUAAUUUAGAGGGCUCGGUUAUAGCAAUUUUAUGUGAUGCUGCAGUUGAAUGGUUAAAUUCCUUGAAAAAUUUGUUCCUAAGGGAAAAAUGUUCUUAAUAUAAUGAAAGAGUCAACUUGUUGCAUGUGGCUUUCCAAGUAAAUGUCACCAUCCAUGUUCAGAAGAAUAUAAAGUUCUGAGCAGGAGGCUCAGGAAAUAUUUUUCAUGCAACUUUUUAAUAAACAUUCCUACUUUUUUAGUGCCUGAAAUGAGGUUCUUGUUUCUAAUACUUUUCAAGGCAGAGUACCUGUCCUACCUCCUGCUAUGGGAUUUGGUUGCUCUGUGGCAGUUGAUGUUUUGGUAUUUGAUUUGAAAACUUAUUCCACCUAAACUUCCUGAGGAAAAAGCACAUGAUUUUCAGUAGCUCCUUCUGGCUAGGUAACUGAUUGUAUUCUUGCUGAACAGCUGCUAAUCCACAAACAGAAAUUAGGAGGAAAUUGAAUUUCAAAAGAUGAUGAAGCAUUUCCUAAUAGCAUCCGAGAGGAAAACACUGAUAAUAGAGAAGAUAAUAGAGAAGUAUGAUAACACUGGAGAAUGCUCAUCUGCAUGCAGUAGUCCAUGUUUACUUAGACUAAUAUAAUAGUCAGUUGAUCUCUGCACAUCGUGGAGAAAAGAAAUCAGACAUUUUUUUAUUUCAGACAAAGAAAUGUUUUUAGGUAGAAAACAUUAGAGGUCUUAAAUCUCUCAACCCCCGUCCCCUUUUUACUCCCUGGCAGUAGAUGUUGUUACUAGCUUAUUAGUUAUUACUAGCUUUCCCAGAGCUAAUGGAAGUAUGUCACUGUUAAAGCAUGGGUGAUGGAUGGAUGAAUUUUACCACUGAUUAUAUGGAAGGUGAGGGCAAUAUCCUUUUCUGCCUUUCCAUUUAAAGGUAAGCAUAGCUAAAUAUCUGCAUGGCCAAGCCCUUGGUUCUCAGCAGCAUUACAUUGGGAUGUUGCAGAGAGGAGUCCUCAGACACGUUUUAGCUCCUUCUUACCCAAUGCAGUCGAACACACCGGACCCUUUAGCUGUCCCAAUUAAUGCAACAGACCUUUUCUUGUGCUGUGUUACAUGUCAAAUCUGCCUCAUCACAUGGCUUGUCAUGUCUUGUGUAACUAUGAAAGUCUUUCAGGUGGAUGAAAGUCGACAGCCACACUGAAGACCAACAUCUCAGCAAAUCCGAAGGGCUUCUCUGCUUGCUAAGCCAUCUGUGGUGUGCAGGCUGAUGUGCACCUGGUGGGACCGUGCUUUCCAAAGGCCUUUCACCUGCUGAUAACACGGACCGUACUCAGUCCCAGGGUGGAGAAACUGCACUCUUGUGUAGUGACGUCAAAGGGAAUUCCCUCUCGAGCAACGUGCUGAGUGGCAGUCUUGUUGCAAGCUAAACCAAGCAGGGUGAAAAGUUUCUGAGGCUGGAUGUAAGCAACAGGGAACGACAUGGGUGAUAGUGUGGUACUAAUGAGCAAGGAGAAAACCUCAGGCACCUCUCCUUUUGCCCUCUGAUGCCUGGUACGCCUUCAGGGCUGGUGGUGGGGUUUCUGGUCAAUGUGACGGGGGUUAUGUGGCUCACGCUAACCAGCGGGCAGAAUUAUCAGCUGUGCAGCCCUGGUGACACCUGGGCAGCCAGAUAGGCAAUUAGAACUCUACUAGCAACUUCGCUAUCUGGGGAUUACUAGGCUGAUCUGGCAAUCUGAAGCAUGUGAGCUUGGCCUCCUCAUCCAUUAUUGCAGGAAGGGAUUUGUUUAUAUGAAGAAGGUUUUGUCCUGGUUCCAAAGCAAACACCUAUUGUACAGUAAGUAAAGUUUAGCACCUCUUUUGCACGCUCUUUUAGCAAGCACUUCUGUGUACUUUCUGGUUUGUGGGAGUGGAGGGAUUAAUUUUGUUGGCAUACUAGCAGAAUAAUCUCUGAUCUGUCACCAUCCCAGAGUGUCACCAUCCCCUGUUUGACUUGAGAAAGAAAAUACAGCUGGAAGGGUGUAAUUAGAGAGUAUGCUUUCUCAGAGUUGGGGGCAGGAGUGCGUGAGCCUGUGGAAUCCUGAAGAGAACUGGGAAGCCUUCUUGUAUAUAUCUGAAAGCAGCAUUUCCUUUUGGGGCCUGGAGUUUCUUGUGUCAUUUAUAGCACCAGGUUGAACAGGAAGGAGCAAAGGAACCUUUUCCAAAGAAAGAGGCAGCCAUCCCUUAGUGUAACAAGUAAUUUUUGUAACCUGUAAAUCUCAUACUGUGACUAGUGGGACGAGGAAUAAAUCUAGAGCAGUACACUGUAAGUCAAAAUUCAUAAAACCCGGAUCCUGUCAGUGGUGAAAAAGACAAUUAAAUGCGCCUUUUGCAGUGUGUCAGCACCUCCUUGGGCUGGAUGAAGAGUUUAGGCUGAGGAACCUGUGUUAUGCUAGAACGGAUGAUCUUGAUUUCCUGAAAAGGACUUCUGCUUGUCGAGAAGGUGUUUUGUGUCCAUUAAUAAUUGUGCUUUAUCACAGGUCUUGUUGCUUGGAUGCUGCUACAUCCUGCCCAUUGUCUUCUGGUUGACUGGCACCGUUGCCCUGGGUGCUGUGGAGUCCAGAAGGAAGAAGGAAUGGAUGAAGAAGUGUGCUUUGAGCAUUUUACUUUGUGUCCUAAUCCGAUCUCAUGGGAUCACCCCUUCAAUAAUUGUGAGUCCAUCAAGGGGCUCUAGUCUAUCAGAACU